GAGGAGCCAAACAAAAAAGAAAAGUACGUGAGAAGUGCUGCUGCUGCUUUCCUCCCUUUCUCUUUCCCUCUCCUUCUUUGUCUCCGAGGGGUUUAAACUUUGGACAGAAGGAGGAGGAGGAGGAGGAGGAAGAGGAGGAAGAGGCGUGAAGCAAGCCGCAUGCUCUGAGGAGGAGGAGGAAGUGAAAGAGGAAAGGGAAAAAAGGGGGCCGUUCAAAGUUGAGACUCGCUUGCUUCCAAGCCGAAAGGGAGAACAGGUGCUGCUAGCAAGUCAUGAUGGUUGAAUCUGCCUCGGAGACAAUACGUUCCACUCCCUCCAGCCAGAAUGGUGUCAGCAGCCUAAACAAUCCAACUGAUGGAGGAGGAGGAGGUGGAGGUGGAGGUGGUGGCGGGUGUGGAAGAGAAGGAGGAGCCAGUGGGGAAGCCAAUGGAGAGAUGAGCCCAGUGGAACUCCUGCAUUUUCAGCAGCAACAGGCUCUUCAGGUGGCACGACAGUUCCUUCUCCAACAAGCAACAGGUCUGACCUCUCCCAGCAGUAAUGAAAAUAAGCAGCCGGCCGUUCAGGUCCCAGUGUCUGUGGCCAUGAUGUCGCCUCAAAUGAUCUCCCCACAGCAGAUGCAACAGAUCCUUUCUCCUCCUCAGCUCCAAGCCCUUCUGCAGCAACAGCAAGCCAUUAUGCUGCAACAGUUGCAGGAAUACUACAAGAAACAGCAGGAGCAACUUCACCUGCAGCUACUGACUCAGCAGCAAGCUGGAAAGCAGCAAGCCAAAGAGCAGCCAUUAGGGAAUAAGCAGCUGGCAUUCCAACAACAGCUACUGCAGAUGCAGCAGCUGCAGCAGCAGCACCUGUUAAACCUCCAGCGACAAGGGCUGGUCAGUUUACAGCCAGGACAAGGCACCGUUCCUCUGCAGACCCUUCCACAAGCUGUGUGUCCCUCAGACCUUCAGCAACUGUGGAAAGAGGUUACUGCUACUCAACCUGUAGAAGAGUGUAUCAAGCAAGAGGGACUCGACCUCAGCACCAACACCUCCAAUUCUACCUCGUUUUCAGCAGCCAAGGUCUCUCCUCCAAUUUCCCACCACUCUCUCACCAAUGGACAGAACGCCAUGCUCGCACAAAGGAGGGACAGCUCUUCUCAUGAGGAGACCCCUGGCUCUCACCCUCUGUAUGGACACGGAGAGUGCAAGUGGCCUGGUUGUGAAACCCUCUGUGAGGACUUGGGACAGUUUGUUAAACACCUCAAUACAGAACAUGCACUUGAUGACCGGAGCACGGCUCAGUGUCGGGUUCAAAUGCAAGUGGUACAGCAGUUAGAAAUACAGCUAGCUAAAGAGAGUGAACGCCUCCAGGCAAUGAUGGCCCACCUCCAUAUGAGACCUUCAGAGCCAAAGCCCUUCAGUCAGCCUGAUUAUCAGCUUCCUGCUAUCCUGGCAAAAUUAUGUAGGGCUGGAACAACACACAACAUCACUGCUAAGCUUAAGCUGAACCUGGUUUCCAGUGCCACCCUCUCAAAGAGCACUUGUGAUACCUUCCCUGAUGGAUUACCUCAUCCCCCCACCUCUGCUACCGCACCCAUUACUCCAUUGCGGCAGGGCCCUUCUGUCAUCAGCUCAUCCACAUUACACAAUGUAGGGCCCAUUCGCAGGAGGAACUCAGAGAAGUUCUGCACACCUAUCUCCUCAGAACUUGCACAGAAUCACGAGUUUUACAAAAAUGCAGAUGUCCGACCUCCCUUCACAUAUGCCUCACUUAUCCGACAGGCUAUCCUUGAGACACCUGACAGGCAGCUAACAUUGAAUGAAAUCUACAAUUGGUUCACACGGAUGUUUGCCUAUUUCAGGAGAAACACAGCUACCUGGAAGAAUGCCGUGCGCCACAACCUGAGCCUACACAAGUGCUUUGUGCGAGUGGAGAAUGUCAAAGGAGCUGUCUGGACUGUGGAUGAACAUGAGUACCAAAAGAGAAGGCCACCAAAGAUGACAGGGAGUCCAACUUUAGUCAAAAAUAUGAUUUCUGGCCUUAGUUACGGAGCACUUAAUGCCAGCUACCAGGCUGCCCUGGCUGAGAGUAACUUCCCUCUUCUGAACAGUCCCACUAUGAUCAACACAAGCUCUACUAGUGGCAUGCUACAUGUUGGCCAUGAUGACGUGAGCAGCACUGUGGAACAAGUCAACAGCAAUGGCAGCAAUAGCCCCCGGCUUUCUCCACAGCAGUACAGCCACCAAGUCCAUGUGAAGGAAGAACCAGCUGAGACAGAAGAUGACAGCAGACCUGUAUCUCUUAUGGGAACAACCAAUCAGAAUGUGACAAUUCCUGAUGACAGAGACCUGGAGGAGGAGUUACCAGUGGAAGAGUUGUCUUAAGGGCCCUCCCUGCUCACCUUGGGCCCAGUACUUCCCCAGAGACAAAGCAGUGGCUCCCACCUCCUCAAGGUGACCUUCAGCGUUAUCUUGUUUAAGGCACUUCUGCAAAGCAAAAGGGUUUCCUUGGGUCUACCCAUUGCUGAAGGCACACCUUUUUCCUUCCUUACAUCCCACUGACUCUUAACAGACAUUCAUGGAGGGGGAUGUGCAAAAACAAAACAAAAAAACCAGAGUUGAGUUUUUUUCUUUUUCUUAAUUUUUUUAAUUUUGUAAUUGGUAAACGAGGAUGGUAGGUUGUUUCUGUCCGAAGACUUCUUUGUUGCCUCCCCGCUUUUCCAUCACCCCAGCCUCAUGGGGAUAAAAAGAAGGUGUCUUGUAUUGUCUGCUCUGUGUUCUGUCAUUUUCAGCUUAAAUGCCAUGUUGUUUCCAGAAGUCAAGAGUUUGGAAGCAUCCAGUCCAACAGGGAGCAGCAUUCAAGUGAAUGUCCUCUACUUUCCUAUGGAAAGCAUUUCCAAUAACCUGCCAGUUAAUCCCACUGAGAACUUUGCACUAGGAAGAAUCUUUUCAGGCACACACACAAUCUCAACGUGUCGGAACAGCAAUUGGAAACAAGACCCUUACUGAAGCCAUGAUAUCCCAAUUUUGUUUCAUUUCUUCAUUGAGAAAGAAAGGAAAAACCGAGCUGGAUCCAAUGAACACACUGUAGUUCAGCAAGCAGCCAAAGGGUUUCUCACUGCCACACAUAAACCACUCGGUUAGUCUUUCUUCAACCUGUGUUUCUGCCCCUGCAAGUCCAAGAAGCACUCCUCUUUAACCAAUGGUGCUUGAGAGUCAAUUUUCAGUCCACAAACUACCACAAAAUCCAGGGAUGAAUGUCCAUUCCAUGCUGUCACAUACUGUGAAACUUCUUCCAGAAGCCAACACCUGGGCAAUUGGAAGGCAAGCUGAUGCUGUCCAGCAUAAGACUGAAUUCAAGGAAAAGACUGCGAAUUUUGCAGAAUAGAAACCUUUGCUUGUUCCUCCUUGUUUGUGAUAUCCUGAUUGUUCCAUUUUAACAAAAUUGAGCAUGAGGCCAAAAGGCAAUGGUUGUUUUUAUGAGGGUGGAGAUAUGAAUGAGAAUGGCCAGUAGAUGUGUGUGGAGCUGCCUUGACAAAGAUGGCAAAAUCUGAAGCACUUGGAGUGGGUUGGGGAAAAGGGGACAGGCCAGUGUUAUCUGGUGAUGGAAAACAAACCAAGAUCUGGUUUAACAUGCAAAAAUUCCAAAGCAAUAUAGAUAAAUAUGAGAUCGACAAUGCUUUUUCUUUGGUCAUCAGUCACAGCAGAGCUGUGAUGAAGUUUUAACUCCUUCUAGUCAUUAGAUUAUCCAGUGAACUAUAUCAAACACAACUGGUAUGCUAGUCAUUAGUUACUAGAUGCCAGAUAACUUGGAGGAAGCAAGAAGUUUCCAAAUUCUUAUUGCAUGAAUGAUGUACCACUUUCAGGUGAACAAACAGUGUUAACCAAAAACCAUCCCAACAUCCUUUGAUUUUUGUCAGCUCACUGUCUUAUUGCCUCACACCAGAAUUCAGAGAACACUUUUAUCUGGGUGGCUUUUCUUAUCACAGAAAAUAGGUUUCAAAGGGUCUUUGUCUCUCCUUUCUUGAGAGGACAACUCCAAAACUUCCUCUUUGGGACAGACUCUUAACAGUUGCUGUUGAGAGAAAUUUUGGGGGUGACUUUGAGACCAUGCUUCUGACGAGUUUCUUAACACAAACCCAUAUAUACUUCCUAUCAUUAAAUACAGAAGUUGCUCCAAAACUGUAAACACCAGAUUAUUAUUAAAACACUUUUUGAAAGAUGAGAUCAUCCUCAACCACUGGGAUGAUUUGGAAAACAAUAAUGGUUUUUCUGUUCUCCAGCACACUUUAUAUUAGGAGCAUAAAGUGCCACACCUGUGCUUGAAUAAUAAAGUGCAACACACGUGAGUUUACCAAAUCUCAUCUCUAUAUUAAGGCCCCAAAGGACAUUGUGUUUUUGUAUUUAACAUGAUUAACAUGUCUUAGGAUUCCUUUUCACCAUUCUGUGAUUAGACAACACUUUACCAUUGCUCCAAGCACCAUGUAAUUCACAGAACAGGGUGAGGUAAAGGCCAAAGCUUUUGGGUAGGAGGGCAUUAAUCUACUCAGAAUGUUGUUUUUUUCCCCAAUGCACAUAAUAUUGAUCCAUUUAUCUCCAAUACAGUGCAUUCUAAUUGCAUUAAGCCCCAUUUGCACCAGCUGGCAAACCAUGAUAACACCACACAUGCAUACACAUACACACUUUUCAAACUUAGAGGGUUACAGUAAAUCCAGCCAGCACUACUUUUUCCUUUUUACCACUUAAAAAUACAAAAUGGCACAUUAUUUUUUAUAAUCUUAAAUUUCUGUAGAUAAAUGGGGAUUGGGAUCCAAUCUCAUAGCCAAAUUCAAAUUCAUUCUCUUGCUCUCGUUUUCAUUUAAGUCAGUCUCCCUGGGGAAACAGUGGUUUGAGGUGAAAUUCCCGAUUGAUGUCUGCAACAACCCUAAAGCCACCUGACAGAAUGCUUUGAGACUGUCUUUUUCCAAUGAAGGCGCAUCUAAGGUUUCUGGCGGGCGAUGCUAGCAAAUUCCAUUUUGUUUCUCGAAUUCUGUUAUGCUGUGCAUUGCGAUCUCUAGCCACCUUCUUGGCCCAUCUCCCCCACACCUCCCCCCCCCCCCCAAAUGACCUUGAUGGUGGUGGAGGAGGAACUGUAUUCCUCAAUACAUAUAGCUGUUUCCCCUUGUCUGGUAGACCUUGAGAAGCUGUUUUAUUUGUUGUCAAUGUAACUUACAAAUUAUAUUUCCCUUCUGAUGCUUUUCUCCUGAACAGUAUGCAUAUAAGUUAACCACAUUUGUUUCAAGUCUAGACAAAAAGAGUGGGAAUGAAAAACUUUGCAGAAACUUUUUACUCCCUUUCUGCAUCAUGGCUGCACGAAUAAACGAAUGGACUCUGAAAGGACUCAUACCUGUACUUGGAUCCUGGAGUUCACACUAGAGGGCUCCACUAAACAUGCAUUUCCCCAGCUCAGCUUCCUACUUCCUCCAACAAGCUGAGUAAAUCCGCAAAGUUUAUUCUUUAGUUGAUUUGAGAGAGUGGCUCCGAUUUGAAGUGAAGUGGACUCCACACUUAUGGGGGAAAGAGGGAUGCAGAAAUGUGGUGGUGCGUGUGUUUAAGAGAUGACAGUAAGACUACAGGGGUCUUUUAAGAACCUCCUCAUAGAAAACUAUCACUUGACAACAAGGUUGUCCUUCAAGAUAGGACUGCAGGUGCUGAGAAUACCUCAAUCCCCUCUGUAUCUAACCAUCCCUCAGGUCCCUGCUCAAAUUUAAAAAACAGCUUGGGAAACUUCCCAUCCUCUGUUUGAGCAAAGACACACCACACCUCAACUUGGGGUCACAUUUAAAUGCCUCCCUAGUAUAAAAUGCUUUAUAAUUGGCUUAACCAUUUACCAAAGACCCUUUUUAAGACAAGAAGCAUAAACCAAAACACUCUUUAUUUUAAUUUUUAUUUGGUGCUUUUAUUCUGAUUUGUUCCAUUCCUGCACUGGCCAAAAAGAGAAAUUCACAAAGAUCCUGCAUGCCUCUUAGCCCUUUUGUCACUUUCUUUUGAUUUUAAGUUAUUAUUUAAACCAAAGUUUACAGGUGCUGUUUUGUACACAUCUAUUGAAGGUAGACCAGAAUCAUGGAUUUGCUGCUUUGCUUUCAUUGUUCGCAAAACCGAGGGUGGGCUAUGGAACCCAGAGGAGGGUUGCAUUUCAUGGGCCUCUUCUGGAACUGCUUACAUCUUACCUGUUUCAAAUCAUACCUGCCUUCAUUUUGUCUGUUAACUUCUCAGCUAUUAUUUGUACACAAUGUGAUUUUUCUCUUUGAUUUCAGCAUUUUUAUACUUUUUCCUUUUCUGUUCCCUCUUUGUUUUUAUCCUACAAAAUUAUUGGAAAUGUCCUCCAUUGUUUGAUGCAAUCUUUGGGUAACACGGCUUUCCGAAAAGCUUAUCAGCAGAUUUACUGUAGCCUCUUCAAAUACAGAGAGUGAACGUCCACAUUAUUUGGACACGGAGUGGGUGUAAAAUUCUGGACUAGACCAUUUUAGACUGAAGUUAGGGAGCUCAUGUUGUUACUACUCCCUCACAUAGAAAAUCUUCCUCACAUACUAAACAAUGCAUUGUAAAGGAAGCCAAUGUAUGGUCUUUUCUCCAGGUGCACCAGUUUUAAAAUGUGCAAGGUGGGUUUUUUUUAACGUGGAGCAGCAUUUUUAAAAACUUGUUCUGAUUGAUUCUGAAAUACACCUCCUAGAAUUCAGCCACCUAUUCUGUGAAACAUAUAGAAGUUCAGCUCUGUGUGCUAAGAUGCUUCUUAGAACUGCCUCACAAACUAUGUGUCAUGGUAUUGUGUCAAAUUGCUUUGCAAGCAAACUUCCAGAACUGUAUAGUUGCAACCUUGGCCUUUCUUUUCUAGCAAGUUCUAUUAGGGCAGCUGCUUUAUUAUCAGUCUAGACUGAUAAUAAAUGCUACCAACCUGAUUCACUGACCUCAGUCUUCCCCUUCCCCCAGUACAAUACCCCUUUUUAUGUGUUCGGCAUCUACAGCUGGUCCUGAGAUGCCCCAGUUGUAUGUACUGCCAGUAUUAAAAGUGCUGUCUCCUAGUACUGUACGGCCCUGAUCUGAACUGUAAGCAUUCUUGCUUCCCGGAAGAUAUAGCUAUCUCUGUUUAACCUAAAACCAAUGCCUCACUUUUGGGGUCUAUUGACUUUGACCCAUUUAAAUGAAGAAACCCAAAAAAGACAUCAUAGUACCCUGAGCAAAUAUAUUUAACGGUAUAUUAUAAACCAAUCUAGAGAAAUCCACACUUCAGAAUUGUGGCCAUAACAUUGGGUGUAUGAUAACGAACCCAUAUGUUGGUACCAUCAAAUACUAAAACAUCUCCUCUCCCAUUUCAGUUAAGGCUACAAAAGUAGAAAAGUCAUGUUGUUAGACUGAACUCUUCUCUCUGUUGUGCUUCUCGGUGGUCAUUCAUUUUUCCCUGGUCCUAAAACUCCCCGUCCACAAAUUGGACUGCCUGGCAGUCAUGCUGGCAUGGCCAUGACUUUUUCCAGGAAAAGAGAAACCAUUCUUUCAUUUGAAUAUAUAAGAUGGCACUUUGUUCUGGAUUAAGAGCAGCCAGUGCAGCAUCAGUAGUUUGCCUUGUCAUUGUGCUAAAAACCACCUGUCUUUUUUUUAGUAUUUUGAUUUCUUCCUCAUACCAUCUGAUCCAUUGGUUCUCAUUCUUUGGUUUUCCAGAUGUUUGGGAUCUCAGCUCCCAAAAGACUUAGCCACCAUGGCAAGUCAUCAACGAUUCUGGGUGUCAGACAUUCAAACCACCUUGCAAAACCAAGGUUGAAAACCACUUAUCUAAUCCUUUGGUUAAACUCACAUGGCACAAGUGAAAAUAGGCCUCAGUUUUUGCCACAUGGUGUAUCCUGCAUCAUUCCAUUUUCUCCCAAAAUGAGUCAUUUCUGGACUAUAUUCCACUUCUAUCCAUUCCUCUAAUUAAAGUUCGUCUCUGUCUUCGUAUGACAGUAUUAAGGUCUGUGCAUCCUUACAGGAUAGUUUUAGCUCUAGUUCUUGCUGAAGUGAUAUGCCUGCAUCUGAGGCAUGGGUAUUUUUGUGAUUGAAUUCCACCUCACACACAUUAAAUGAGCAAUUCUCUCCUCAUAAGCAUCAUAGUUAGGAGGAGGGCUGUCCUUAAUGUCUUGUUCAUUCAAUUGUUUUAAUAUGAUGGAACGUGCCAGCACAUGCACUGUUACCUAAAAUCAUGCUAUGCCUCAGAUGUUGGUUUUAUAACCAUCCCGAGAAGUUACUAAUUACUGAAGAGAAACUGUGCACAUUCAUCAGUGUUAGAUAUUAUUACAAUGCUCCAUUUCUCAAGCAAGUGACCCCUGCCUCAUCAACAAUCAGAAAGGCUCUUCUCACCACCGCUUCAUUUUGUAGUCUAAGUCUAAAACAUUGGAUGUGCUAUCUUCCAAGUACCUGCCUUGCAUAUUGAAGAUUUGGUUAUAGACUUGACCCAUGCAGGGUUUAUAUGGGCGUUUGUCAUCGUGCUAUUGAUGCUGCUUUGAAUCUUUUGGAUGUUGAAUCUGCUUCUGGCCCUGCAGGAAUCUGGCAUGUAUUUGAGGGUCAGAUACUAAUAUAUGAGGCUUUGGAAGGUUAGCGUCUGUCCUUCAAACUGGCAUGCCCUCCAGGCAUUUCCAUUUCCAUAACUUCAAGCAAAACUAUUAUCUCUACCAUGUUUGUGUGUGUGUGUCCCCAUGUCCAGCUUUCUCUGCAAUGACUUAGAAUUAAUAAACUUCAGAGAUUUAAUUGGGUCACUUCUGAAGCUAUUCAGUGUUCAUUAAAUCUGCACUGUCAUUGCGAAAGAAAUGACAUCGUACUGCUGAAUGGUACUGUUGAUUUAAAAUUCAGGUAAUCUUUUACGUACAUGCAAAGAAUCCCCAUUGCAAUAAGAGGAUUUCUUUGUGUACCCAUGGUUUGUUCCUGUAUAAAGUUGGAAAGGUAAUCAUUUGGAAAAUAGCAAAUGCUAUACUGAAAGCAGCAGAUCCUUAGUUUCUUCCUGCCAGUAUUAGGUUCCCACUAACUUCACUUGGCAAUUGAUCCAGACCUGCCUAUUUGUGAUCCUUCUAGCUACAGCCUCAAGAAUUUUACAUUGUGUUUGAUUAGUAAUCAGCUGAUUAUUAUUGUCUGGGGCUUUAAGCUUCCUUGGCUAACACUGACAUAGUCCCUUUAAAGGGGGACACUGAAGAGUGAAUGUAAUUUAGUAUCACUGAAUCAAUAUGCUGUUUGCUAAAGCUAUUCAGUUUGGGGUGGGUUUUGCCCUCUUAACAGCUUGAAGUGUAAAAUUUGCUCUGAUCUUAUUGAUUGAACUGCUAAGACUUCCGUUAGCAACAUUUUCUUUAGUUGAUACCUUUUGUUUAAAUCUGGCUCAAGUUUUCUGAUCUGUCCAAUCUUAUGUCAAGGCCAUGGCUUUGAGUGUCUUAUUAUUGUUUUUCCCGAAUUACAGGAGAGGAUUCCCAUGUGGUUAUAUUCAUCUUACUAGGAGAACUCCUUUUCAAAAGGGCAUUCUCUGUGUAGAACAGACUCUAACUAUUGAUGGACACCAACUGACUUAGUUAAGACUGUUAGGAUAUGAGCAACUAUCAGGCAAAUUGUGAUGUUUGGUUUAACCUGCCACUGUUCUGUGCAUCCAUUUUUGUACUGUUACAUUGGCAAACAUCUACAGAAUAUUAAUGGGGGUGCGGGAGAUAUCCAAACAGUGGCAAUAGAUAUUUCAUCUGAAUUACUAGUGUGUUCAGAAUAAGCUUGGGCCAUCCAUAGUGUUUCUCUUACCUCCUUUCUAGAAAAAUUGAUAACUGUCUACCAAAUGGGUACCAAAGUUUUGAUUUCAUCUACAGGUUUUGCUCUCUGUUCUGGGACUGUCCUGGUCUUUCUUUCACAUACCAAAAAGGGUUCCCUAGACCGCUGUUGUCAUUGAUUCAUAUAAAGACCUGAAGAUUUCGGGAUUUUCCCUUUUGUUCAGUUUUCAAUACAGUUGAUAAAUCCACAGUCAAAACAACUACAUUGGUAUUGUUCCAUAUACAGGAAAGAACCUAUACGACCUUACAACUUAAAAUGUAUGGGGGUCCUAUUUCAUCAAUGUGUCUGCUUAUUGUUAUUCCAUUUGUCAUUGAGAAGGAUAAUAAAGAGCUUUUCUUUCUUUUUUUUAAUGAUUCCAAGCCCUUGUGAUUCUGGUCAGUUGCCCCUCAAAUCCCUCCUCUGUCUGCUGAAGCAACAAUCUGGUUGUCAUGAGUCUGGGCUAGGUGGGCUACAAGUAUCUUGGCAGUACUAGCCUUCCUUGAGUUUCAGUUAUAUUAGGUACAUCCAUUUUUGCACAAAUGACUUUUCAUGAGAUUUUUAUUUCACUAAAACUACAUAUAGUACUUAACUUUAAAAAUAUUUUAUUAUGUUUGUUACCUCAAAAUGGCUUUUAAAGGGGUAGUGUGGGAAAGACCAAACACAACUUGUGGCAGGAUAGUAUAUGUAUAUAUUGAUCUAUAUGCUGGUUGAAAACCUACUAAAAUUAGUUUAUUGUUGUCUGUUUAACUAUCCUGUGAUGAAACUAAUGCAGGGAAUAUUAUAGAAAGGUUUUUUUUCCCUUGUUCUGGAAUUUAGGAAGCCAUUCUUGUAUCUCUCUAUAUCUUGACUUGGAUGCUGUUCCAAUUCUUUAUGUUGUCUUUGGUUUGUUUUCUUUCUAUAAAUGAGUUGGUAGAAAUGAUGAGGUUGGGAGGAGAUAAGAUGGUUGCCAAAAAGAAACUGAGACAUUGGUGUAAUAAUUUCCCUUCUUUUCCCACUUCUUGGGAAUUAGAACAGUAGGAACAGAAGCAAAACACAUUGUAUUAAACCAAAGGUGUGUGUGUUUCAGUUUUGUAUGUUUUUUUCUUAAUUUUAAUAUAGGUUUUUUCAAGGAGAAAGACAAAAAUCCCAAUUGGAAAAUUCUACAAAUUCCUGUCUUGUCUUAUCCAUGCUCUGAAUUUCCAGGUGUUCAACUCCACAUAAACAUAGACAUGCUCCAAGAUUUGCAAGAGGGGGUUAUUCAUUUGGAGUUUUGUUUGUUUCGUUUUUCAAAUUAAGAUGGUUCCAAAGUAUUGAAGCAUUUAUCAAUUUGGAGUUCUCUUACUCAUUGUAAUGGAGCUGUGAAAUACUGGAGAUCAGUUACUCUUCCCUUUCAUUUUGAUCACAUACUAUGUGGAGCAGUUUUCCUGGUGACCCUCCCAAAGAGUUGAGGUUCUUCUCUGAGCUUUUCACCACUUGGCAUUCUUGUCUUCCAAAUCUCUCACUGAAUCUCAGGUGGCAGGAAAACAUCCAAGAACCAAUGACUAGUGACUUUCAAACCAUAUCAGCUUAGCCGUUCGACAUGAGCCAGAGGGGUCAUUGAUCUCACUGGAUGACAGUGGGAGGUUAACAUGUCUGCUGGCAUGACCUGAUUUGUUCAUUUAUAAUGUUUUGUGUUGGCCUUCAAGGGCUUCUUCUGAUUGCAUUUUCUCUGUUGCAAAUGGAUCUCUUCUCCCUCAUCAUAGUACCCAACAUAUGGUGGGAGGGUGGGGGACUUUGGCAUGUCGGCACUCUGCCCUGUUGUCUUUUCCUUCUCCUGGUACACAGGAAGGGUCAAGAAAGGGGCAAGACAUGCAGUAACCUUUAAUAUUGUGGGUUUUUUCUUCCUCACAUUUGUUGGUUUGAUGUGAUCAUCCUUUUAGCAGGUGGCAAGUCAGUGUGAAAGGAAAGGUUACUGGGGAGGGGGAAAGGGUGGCUAUAAACCUUUGAUCCAUCCUCCUCUUACUGCUUCACACUGCCAUAUUUCCACUCUGUAUAAAGGAAAUAGCAUUGCUGUGUAUUUGUACUCUGGACUUCUGUGUGUCUGCUCUGGCAGACGGUAAACCCUUGUACAGUAGAUCUAGCUGCAUGUAAUCUGUAUGGACAAUGGCAUUAUAAAAUGCAAUAAAAUUAAAUUACCUAUGA